ACUCGGCCACUCCGCCAACUCCGAUCAAGCAAGAGAGGCAGGAGUCGGUCAACGUUGGGUUUGAAAUAUGGCUGUGACGGUUGGAUAGUUGUGUAUGUCCGUGUUCAUGCAAAAUCACGUUCGACUAGUAAUUAUUUCCUAUUCUGUGUGAUUGUGAACGCCGCCAAGAAGACAGGCUGGAUCGGAUUGUGGUGUAGAACGAACGAGUGGCCAUGAUAGUUCAAGAGCCGGUUCAGGCAGCCAUAUGGCAUUGUCUGAAUCACUAUGCAUUCUCGGAUGCCAUCUUCCUUGCGGAGCGGCUUUAUGCCGAAGUGCACACGGAAGAAAGCCUGCACCUUUUAGCGACAUGCCACUACCGGGCGGGGAACAAGGUCUCGGCAUACAUGCUGCUACGGUCGCGCGGAUGCCGCUCGCCCCAAAGUCGCUUCCUCCUGGCACGCUGCUGCAUCGACCUGCGCAAGUUUGCGGAGGCAGAGUCGGCCCUCGAUGCUGACGUCGGCCUGGCAUCGCGCUGCUCCGCCAAGGGAGGCCUGGAUGAGACGGUCACAGCAUUUGGGGAUUCUGCCUCCUUUGCCCUAGCUCUGCUAGGACAACUGUGUUCAAAAACGGAGCGUGUCAGCCGUGCAACAGAAGCCUACAAGAAAAGCCUGAAGCUCAACCCAUUUCUCUGGUCCUCAUAUGAGUCUCUCAUAAACCUAGGAGAAUCGCCAAAUCCUACAGAUAUAUUUAAUGUUUCAUCUCUUGAAAACUUCAAUUUAUGCCAAGGAAGCAAUCCUCUUGUCAACUUUGUUAAUAAAACCAACAUUGACAGCAUCACAGAUGACAUAAAGGUGGUGGGUGGCCAGGGUGGAGGUCUUGGUGGACAAGUUGCAGGCAAGGUGUCGGUGCUGCCGCUGUCAGCAGGUUCAACACCUCCGUCACAGGCACCACUGCUGGUCAUGCGGUCAACGGUGGCGCCAAGCACUCCCCAGCAGUCCUGCCCGGACACUACCCCUCUAGGCAUUAUGACAAGCACCCCGGAGCUGCCGGCUUCCGAGAGCAUCACUAGCAUCUGCCUGGGCAGCAAAAGUGGCAAGCAGACGCAACCAUUUUCGGCUGUCAAGGGGGCACGCAGCAUUUUUGCGGGAGGAGCCGCGGCCCUGAGCCCACUGUCGGCAUCGUUUGGUGUGCUACCUUUGUCAAACUCCACGCCUGGCACCGUGCCCCCAACAGCCAUUAGUGGCAUGCUCGCCUAUGUCACACCCACUUCACAGGGCAUUUUGGACGCCAUCUCCAAGGAACCCUGCCCCCCAGUCAAAAAGAACCUUGCGAGGAAGCCUCAGGGACUGAACACGCCAAAGAUCCAAAUAUUCAGCCAGUCGAGUAACAACAACUUGCUGCAGACGCCGCCUGUUCCAACCAGCGUCAUUUGUUGGCCCUGCAGCUUUCCACCCAGUGGGCUGAGCAGUGUGCGACGCAGCUCACGCCUCUUCAGCAGCUCCAACUCGGUCAAGGAGAACAAUAAGGGCAGCUCGUCGCCCAAGACCAUCCGGGGCCUGGCCGCUCGGCUGCCCUCGUCCAAAAAGAGCAAACCCUCCCGGGGGGCCCUGCGCACCAACACGGCCACCUCCGGCUCAAACAACACAAGCGCCAUCACUGAGGGAGAGCUGAACGAGAUGAACAAGCCAGAGCCGCUGCCCGUGUCCCUGGCCCAGACUGCACUCUGCAUGCAGAGGGCCUCCGCAGAGGGCCUGAUGCAGCUGCUGCAAGACCUGGGCAAGGCACGACUCUACCUGGGCCAGUACAGGUGUCGACAAGCCAUCGAAGCGCUGGAAGCCCUGCAGCCCCACCAGUAUUCCACGGGUUGGGUGCUUGCUGCUCUGGGCAGGGCGCAUUUUGAGCUGGGGGAGUACGACAAGGCUGCCCGUGCCUUCGAGACUCUCAGGUCCAUCGAGCCACACCGGCUACAGGGCCUGGAGUAUUACAGCACAGCCUUGUGGCAUCUGCAGAGGGAAGUGAGCCUCUCUGCUCUCGCUCAAGACAUGAUGGAUCUGGACAAGACAGCGCCAGAGACAUGCUGUGCGGCCGGCAACUGCUUCAGUCUGCAGAGGGAGCACGAGACAGCAGUGCGCUUCCUGCAGAGAGCAGUUCAGGCAGACCCGGACUUUGUCUAUGCAUACACGCUACUCGGCCAUGAGUUGACAGCCAUGGAAGAAAUGGAGCAGGCCCUGUCUGCCUUCCGCAGUGCCAUGUUGGUCAACCCUCGCCACUACAAUGCCUGGUAUGGAGCAGGUAUGAUCUACUACAAGCAGGAACAGUUUCAUUUGGCAGAGCUGCACUUCAAGCGAGCACUACAAAUCAACCCGCAGAGCUCUGUGCUUCUUUGCCACAUUGCAGUGGUGCAGCAUUCCUUGAAGAGGACAGAUGAGUCCAUUCUGACUCUAAACAGGGCCAUUUCGAUGGAACCCAAAAAUCCACUCUGCAAGUUUCAGCGAGCUACCAUCUUUUUCUCGGUGGAUCGCUACCAGGAGGCGCUCAAGGAGUUAGAUGAGCUGAAGCAGCUUGUGCCCAAGGAGUCGCUAGUGUAUUUCCUUAGUGGAAAGGUUCACAAGAAGUUGGGCAACACCCACCUAGCCCUGAUGAACUUCUCGUGGGCAAUGGACUUGGACCCCAAGGGUGCCAACAACCAGAUAAAGGAGUCCAUCGACAAGCGCUUCAGCCAUGACGAAGAGGACAUUACCGCUGUCCAGCAGCUAUCGGUUGACGACUCUGGGAGCAUCGAGUCGAAUCCCAUAGAUCCGGAAUCCUCGCAUGGGAGCUCCGUGGCAGACUUGAACGACAUGCAACUUCAGUCAAUGGAAAGUGAUGAAGGAUUCUAGUGCCAUACGUGCCAGCAGUGGGCAUGAGAAACUGCGCUGCGCGUUGCUUCUUGGCAGUGUCUGUGAGAGACUUUUGAGGGUGAACAUUUGAACGAAAGAGAUGAGACUGGGCGGUUUUACUGAGAAACUGUGCCGUUGCGUUGUAAUUCACAUCGUUUGCCAAGGACCUCAUCCUGUGAAUUCAGUUGAUGUGAGUUCCUUAAGGAGUGUUUUCUCACAUGGGCAUGACUUUGUUUUAAUUAAGUUGUUUAGGUUGGUUGCAUCCUUUUCUGUGUGCGUGUACAUUGUGUGUGUGUGUGUGCCUGCGUGCAAUGUUUGCCCCUCUUUGCUAUGGCAUUUUGAAAAAGCCAGGUGUAAUAUUUGCUCACACCCGCCCAUAGUUCAGUGCUCGCCUUGCAGGCAAUGUCGUAAUGUGGAGUUAUGGCACCACGCCAUUGUAGGAUUCUCCUGGUGCAUUUGACUUUUUUUUUUUUCUCAUGAAAAAGCAAAACAACAAAAUAUUAUGUUGAACUAAGAUGGAAGAGAUUAGUAGUGAGAACAUACUUGUAAGCUUUGAAAUCACAGCCAUCGUACCUUAAGCUGGAUACAUUCAUAUUUGACACAAAAUUUGAUAUUUAGUACUUCUGCCGAGUUAGACCUUAAUUUGUCUUUUGGAAGCUUCAAUCUGCAAAAUAUCUAAUCUACCUUUCUCAUAGAAAAAGAAUCUUAUGCCACAUAGACCACAUAUCCAGCAGUCUUAUAUGAUCAUUUGUGUUUUCAAUAUGAUCUCGUAUAUUAAUGUGAGAUUUUUCGAUGCAGGAGUUAAGGGACAUGUAGGCUUCUUUAGACUGGAUGUGAUAGUUGCAUUCCUCUGUAAAUUGCUUUGUGUUGCAAAACUGAAGCACACACUAAGCCCUGUACACUUUGCAUAUGCAACAUGAGUGUUCGCAUUCUCCUGGAAACUUUCUUCCGCAAGCGAUUGCAAUAGAUAAAUUAAAAAUUCCUGACUGUCAGUGCCCUCUGCUUUUGUGUGGCAGAACUGUCUGUUUACAUUAGCAACAAAACACUGUUGUGCUAUGGGCUAUCUGGUUUGUCACUUUCAUUCUUCGGCUGACUUGCAUGAACGUGACCUUAAUUUUUUGAGAUCUUUGCAUUUCAGUUUUAUUUGGCACCCGAUUAGAUGUAACUCUUGGUACAUCUGUCGCAGGAAAGCGCAGUGACCUUAGAUGUCUUACUAAAUUUCUGCAUUGGCCUUUCUCAAGUGACAAUGUUUCCGGCAUUUCUGGAGCUUUCUUUGUUUUUAAUAGUUGGUUUGUCGUCAUUAUGUUGAGUAUCUUAAGGAGCACUUAUGUACGGUAAGCAUUUCUCAUUUUCAAGCAGUGCCUUUUAAGCAGAGGCUGGCAGUUCUCAGUAAUUUCACAAUGGUUAUGCACCAGAAAGUUAUUUUUUCCCUAUUUGCUUUAUGUGGACAAGCUUGUGGUCUAACGCAGACCAUCAUACACUGCAGCAAGCACAUGUGUUGCCAUUGCAUGCUUUAGCUAAGACCUGGCACAUUUGGUGCUUCAUUUUGUUUUUAGAAAAGUUAGCAGAGCAUGUAGCAGGUGUGCACCACCAGGCACAAACACUCUAGUUUAAGCAAUGCCAGGCUCCAGCCCGGGACUAGCAUUGCAUUGGUGAUGUGACUUUGGACCAUGCAUCUUCACUACACUGUUUUUUUUUCUCUCCAUUUUUCAGUUUCAGACUCGCUGCCAACAUUGUUUGGGUUGCGGAGUAGUAAGAGUUGCAAAUACACUUACACCUGGAUAUAACGAAAUUGACAAAUUACCGAAAAACUUCGUUUUAAAGAAGAUUUCGUUAUAUGCAGGCUUGGCACGAAAAUUCGGAAAAGAAACACUUACCGUAUUUACUCGAUUCUAAUGCGCCCUCGAUUGUAACGCGCACCCAUUUUCCGUGACCAAAAGAGAGGGGAAAAAAUCCUUUACAGUACUGCGCACCUCAUGCUUUCACACAGAAAUACAUUUAUCGCUCAAGAUUUACUCCCAAUACACUAAAGUUGCGAUGAACAAAAAAGUCCCAGUUUCGCCCGAAAGGUGGAAGCAUCGAUUGCGACAGCAAAUUAGCAGACAGCUAUAUGAAGUAAGGAUAGUAGUUUUAUCGGCCGUAUAAACUUGUAAACAUUCGCUGUUUAACUAAAUUGGUAGACUAAUGCCUAAGCACACAUACUACAGCACAUAGUCGAAGCUACGGGAGCUAGGCUCAAAGUGCGUAGGAGGCAGCUAUAUUGAAAUGUCGAUGGCGAUAUGGUAGUGCAAAUUUAGGAUCGUACUCGAUUCUAACGCGCAGGCAAUUUUUGGACCCGUUUUAUCAACAUCAGCAACAUCACUGGAAAAGCAGAGUGCCAGCUUGGCGGGCUAGGCCAGCUGCAGCAAGCGGCGGGAUCAGGUUUGAAUGAAGGGAGGGGGUAAAGGUCAUGCUCGCAGCGGCAAGAUCACCAGGUUGAGGGAUGCAGGCCCUCCUUGCGCACGCACGCACACGUGCACUUGCUCUCGCCUCACAGUCGCCGUGCGCCGCCGCCACCGCUUCGCAUUCUGUCGUGGCAGAGAAGGUGCUUCCGGUUGCUGCUCGCGCAAAAAUGACAAAAUUUGGGGCAAAAUCUCCAGGUUGUCGGCUGGGAAAAUUCGUUAUUUCGAGGGGGUCUCCCGCUUCCACUUCGUUAUGUAGAGGUCUCAAAUACAUGUGCUUCUAUGGAGUAACGGCGGGGAAUAGAAAAACUUCUUUAUAUCCAGGAAUUCAUUAUAUGGCGGUUCGUUAUAAGCAGGUUUAACUGUAGUCCGUAGGUCUGUAGGUUAGACACAGAGGGCAGGGGUGCAACAGCUGUGCCAAUUGCGCCAUUUUGAUACAAUUUCGUAUUUUUGCGCUGAGCUGCGGCAAAACCGUGAUAAAUGUCGAAAUUGUGCCACGCUGUGCCAAAACGCCUGACCAGCCGUGAAAUUUCUCGGUUACAAUGACAUUGCGAUGGCUUCUUUAACGGACUGUGGGACUCUCGUAACGCCUUUGCUUGCCGUGAAGCGUAAGAAAUCCAGGCUGACCGACUUCUGGAAAUAAAACUUCCGGUGGGCGCAAGCUUGCCGACUUUGUCAUAAAUAUGCAAUGAAAUUGAGGUAAUUCAAACUGCUUCAUUGCGACGGUGCAUGUGUUGCGAAGUGAGUGUUUCGCGAUCGGCCGGGCACGCACUUUUAGUUAGGCGUCGACCGCAAUGCACGAAAAAUGCUGUAACUGCGGCGCGAAAUGCAUUCUCUCGUAAAGUUGACUCUUCAUUGACCGCCUUUAGUACGUCUCAACCGUUGCCCCCACGCCAUCGCAAAGAUUUCCUGGACGAUGGUUUUGGUUUUGUUCGCGGUUUUCGUUCGCCCGUAUUACACUGUACCCGUAUUCUGCGGGCUAUAACUUGCACCUUUGUAUAAGUUGCACCCUCCUAAGAAUGCCUCCUUAAAGCGGCAGUUCUUCCGAAAAAAAAAAGUAUAUAAAUCGUACUGGUGUAGAAGACGCACCUGUUCGUUCGGUAUACAAUUUUAAAAAAUUAGUAAUGUUUCACUCUGUGAACGCGGGUCACGUGCAAGCAUAUGGGUGUCAUUCCUACAUAAUUUCAAUAGCAAUGAUAAGGCACACGGGGCGCAUUUCUGCAUUCUUGGCCGCUGCAAUGUUCCGUAUAAAGUCCAAAGGCGAUAACAUCGUCUUCGUGCGCCGUAUGCCGUAUAUGCGAGUGAAAGCGUGCGACGGUGAGCCGAAUCGCGCACAUAGUAGUGCGGGAAUCGUAUUGCGGGAGGGUAUCGCGGGAGGGAGGGGGUACGCUUGUACUCUGGUAGCAACUGUGGAGUUUGCGCAGCGAUGCGCGCCACAUCUUGAAAGCAAUCUGUUAGAUGCAACAACUUCGGGGUACAGUUGAUUGGCAAGUCGGCCUGCCGCCCCUUGCAUUGCUGCUCCGUCCUCGCACGACGUGCGGGAACUUGAUAGCGCGCACAGAACCCAUAGCAAUUAAGUAGCAGAGGAGGUCAACGGGGGGGCGUGCUUUGCGUGGCCAUAGCCUCCAAUCCGAUUUUGACGGCAAUUUUGCCGGGGAAAGAUACGUACACAAGUCGCACCGGUGUAUAAGACGCACCGGCGAAAAAUUCAGAAAGAAACCACGACCUUUACACCGGAAAAUACGGUAUUACAUACUAAUUUCGCGUCAACAAAGUUCCGCCACAACGAAAUUUUUUGCUUGUCCUGUGAUUUUUGUUGUAGCGGUACUCGACUGUGUGUUUUUGUGUAUAUAUAUAUAUAUAUAUAUAUAUAUAUAUAUAUAUAUAUACACAUACAUACACAUAGUCGACUCUUGUUACAAUGGACCCUAAUAAUCCGACAAAAAAUGACGUUUUAUCCGAAGUCCAUAGUAUCCGAAACUGGAGGCCACCGCCAGAACACCAAAAGAUUGUCAAACAGUCAGUGCAUGUUUCGACUACCGCCGGAAUGUCGCAAUACGUCAGAAAAAAAGAAAAGAAAACGAAAAGGAACCACUCACGAAGUGGUUCCAUGUGUACGCAUGUGUACUUUCCACAUGUUUGGCAGAAAAAGUUGUGUGCAGUGCACUGCUGGGGCGCGAUCGAGGUCGUCGUUCGGAGCACGCGUUCAAUUUCGCCAGGCGCGGCCUAAGUCAACCGUGCACGGUGAAGCUGAACGCGCGCUCUGAACGGCACGCUCCUGCCAUUACCUACGCUGCUAAUGUGAAUUGCCGUAUAUACUCCCAGAAGUCCAACGCAAAGUUGGGUGGUGCGUUUAUUAUGCAGGGUAAAUUUUAGGGUGUUUUAUGAUUAAGUGUUCUUUGUAAAACUGCUCCAAAUUUGGGAUUUACUGCUCCGAAACAGAGGGGUUUUUUUCCCCUUAACCUGCUCCAAAUUUGGAUUUUCCUGCUCCAAAAAUUGCUCCAAAUCCUAUUUUGGCUGUUUCGCCACUGAGAGGGGAGAACUGGAUGACAUGCUUUGUCCAGUUCAGGGCAUUGUGGUUAAGCCCAUGUACUACAUCGAUCGCACUUGUAAGAAAAAAGCAGUGCAUUUGCCACUUAAGUGUAAUGUGUGCAAGGUCGUUUGCGUCUGAAGACUACUACGCAUUUGAAGAAGUUAGAACAGUGUUUCAUCAUUAAUGUACUACUGUUGUCCAUAAGGAAACUAAAAUUUCCCAGAAAUGCUGGAAACAUUGCCUCAAAGGAAAAAAAAAAAUAAGCGAAGCCACUGACAUUUCUGUUGCUCUUGUUCUCCACAGUGCUGCCACGAUAAUUUCAUUGCAAAAAAAGAGUCCGCAAGGAUGUAGCUUGUAUUCACGUUUACCUACAUGGACUCUGCCUUGUCAUGCUGUCAUCUAGCUCAAUUUAGAAGUGAAGAGCCGGUGUUAGCCACAUGUAGUUCAACAAUGUUUGAUAUUUGUUGUACUACUCGACCUGCUUAUGCUAAUGCUGCCUUUCUAUGGGAUGCCUCCUCAGCACACCAUGAAGAAUAUUGCUAUCUAUUUGUAGCUGCUUUUUUCUGAUGUCGAUCUGACAUACCAAGCAGUCUUGCAUGGUUUGCAUGCAGAAAGUGGUUCAUUGUUGAAGAGAAGGCACGAGCACGGGUCACAUGCAACUUUUCAUGUAUAUGUGUUUUGGAGGUGCCCGAUUGCAUAUUUGCAAACUAUACCCUGUACAUGCACUGCCUGUGGAGAUGACUUCAACAGCAAUUAUCUUAGCAUAGAUCAUCUUGGGGCCUUAUUUAAAUGGUACCAUAGCUUCUCUAGGAGGCAUGUUAUUAUUAUUAAGGGUAGGAAAGCAGCUUAGAAUAAAGAAAGCAUGAAAGUAAGGAAAGUACACAUGCAAUAAUACGAAAAAAAAUAAAUAAAUCAGGUGUAUGCUCAAACAACCAGCCUAGCUGUUUCAAAUGGGAUGGCUUACAGUAAGCCAACGAGGUUAAUGUUUUUGAUGCUGGUGGUGCACAUGUAAAUGGGUGCGUUUGCCAUGUAAUGAUUCAUGUGGCUGAAUCAGUUGAAUGUGCCAAAGUGUCCAGUUUGUUUGUUUGUGGUGGGCUUAACAUUGGGAACACGACUAACAGUUUGCAACAUUUCAACACCCAACAUCAUGAUGGAUAGCUUUUAACUAUUAAUAGAAUGCUAGAAUAGCUGUUGCAAUUAUCUGCACUAGCAAUGGUUGGAUGAGGUAUGGUUUGUCAAUAUGCCACUUCACGUUACUGCAGAAAAUGUGCAGUAGGAGGCAUUGGCUUCGGUCUAUGCGCCUGCGUACCUUGUCAACACUGCUUCUGCUGCCUGCUAUGGCUGGAGCUCUGCCCAAGUUUGGACCAGGCAUGUUCGUGCUUGUUUUAACAGUGAACUUCAUUCUACAUUGUAAUGUCUUUUUACUGCUUUACCGUGUGGUGUGGUUCGACACAAACUUGGAGAAUGAGAAUUAUAAGAGCAUGGACUAAGGAAAACCUCUUUUUUUGUUUGCAUUUAUAGUUCUAUUGCGAGGCUGACCCUAUUGGUCGUUACUGUACUGCCAGUAGAACUUCUGAUUGCCGUUAGUGUUGCAUUACAAAAGUGACACACUUCCAUGUGAAAAGCGAGUUAGCAUUUUUCUUCAUCUUUUUUCUACAUUUUCAAAUUAGAAAACGCAUCAUGUGAAGCCAGAUAAGCUGCAGUUUUUUGACGUUCUUAUAAAUGGGCGGGAAGGCAUUUUGGAAGUCACUUUUUUGAGGAGAUGGAAGUCAUUUUAGAGUGGCAGAUAGCUGACAGUGACUGUAUAGCGCGUGUUCAUGUGGUGAAAAUAGUGCCCCUUUCCUUGGCCAAGAUGCAAUGCGCCUGUCGAAAUUUACAUAGGAUAUAUUGUAUAGCUCGUGUACAUAUAUUUUUGCAGGUCAUCGCUCCUUUAUAUUUUUUUCUUCUCAUUAAUUGUUUCUUGAAAAAUAUUCAGAGUGCACGCUCUGUUGGCAACCUAAGUUCUUUUCCACCUUACAUGUUGCCUCUAGCAUAAUUGUCACUUGAAUGAUGUUUUUACAAUGAUUCCUUCAGACUUGCCUCCUUUAUUUUUUUCUGCAUAUUGUUUUACUUUGUUUAGGAAAUGAAGUCAAACAGUUCUUGUAUGUUUGCUAGGACGCAUAUAUUUUUAUCUGUAUAUAAGCUUAAUAAAAAGAUGUAGUAAAACCAA